AGUUUCAGCGUCGAGUCUUCUGAGGCGAGGAGAGCAGUUCACGCUCCUCCCACUGCAAUCACAUCAUCAGUGAAGCUCCUCCUACUGUAAUUCCCCAAUAAAUGCUGUAAAUUCCCAUCAGCUACAAGUGAAGACGAGCAUGAAAGCAUCAGGAAGAGCUGAAAUCUGCCAAGACUGAGUUUAUUAAAGAGGACAGUGAGAACAUGAGUGAUCCAGAACCCUGCAGAAUGAAACACACUGAAGAUCCUGAAGAACAAAGAGACCUGAUGGAAAAGAGCGAGGAGAGUGAAGAACUGAGUGAAGUGGAGGAGGAACAUCAUGUCCAACCUGGAGAAAAACCUUUGAGUCGCUCAAGGACUAAACAGACAUUUUUAAAGAAAAGACGAGCCAAGAAAUCUUUCACCUGCACUCAGUGUGGAAACAGUGUCAGAAGCAAAGCUAGUCUUGAGAUUCACAUGAGGAUCCACACCGGAGAGAAGCCGUUCUCAUGUGAUCAGUGUGCGAAGAGUUUCAGUCAAUCAUCACACCUUAAUGUUCACAUGAGGAUCCACACCGGAGAGAAGCCGUUCUCAUGUGAUCAGUGUGCGAAGAGUUUCAGUCAAUUAUCAUCCCUUAAUGUUCACAUGAUGAUCCACACUGGAGAGAAGACGUACACAUGUGAUCAGUGUGGAAAAACAUUUCUUAGGUCAACAGAGCUGAAGACACACCUGACAGUUCAUACGAAGGAGAAGCCGCAUUCAUGUUCUGUGUGUGGAAAGAGUUUUUCACGGCUGCAAACUUUACAUAAACAUGAGAAAAUUCAUACUGGUGUGAGAGAGUACAUGUGCUUUGAGUGUGAGAAGACUUUUACUACAGCGGACGGUUUAAAAAGGCACCAGAGAAUUCACACUGGAGAAAAACCUUACAAGUGUUCACACUGUGACAAGAGAUUCAGUCGAUCAGAACAUCAGAAAAUGCAUGAGAUGAUCCACACUGGAGAGAAGCCGCAUGUAUGCCAUCAAUGUGGAAAUAAUUUCACAAACAAACAUGCUCUUGAUGUUCACAUGAUGAUCCACACCGGAGAGAAGCCGUUCUCAUGUGAUCAGUGUGGAAAGAGUUUCAGUCAAUCAUCACACCUUAAAGAACACAUGAUGAUCCACACUGGAGAGAAGACGUACACAUGUGAUCAAUGCAGCAAAACAUUUCUUAGUACAUCACACCUGAAGAAACACCUGAGAAUUCAUAUGAAGGAGAAGCCGUAUUCAUGUUCUGUGUGUGGAAAGAGUUUUUCACUGCUGGAAUACUUACAUAGACAUGAGAAAACUCACACUGGUGUAAGAGAGUACAUGUGCUUUGAGUGUGAGAAGACUUUUACUACAGCACAAUGUUUAAAACUGCACCAGAGAAUUCACACUGGAGAAAAACCUUACAAGUGCUCACACUGUGACAAGAGAUUCAGUGUGUCAUCAUCUCUGAAAACACAUAAGAUGAUCCACACCGGAGAAAAACCUUACAAGUGUUCACACUGUGACAAGAGAUUCAAUCAGUCAUCACAUCUGAUAACACAUAAGAUGAUCCACACCGGAGAGAAGACGUUCACAUGUGAUCAAUGCGGCAAAACAUUUCUUAGGUCAUCAGAUCUGAAGACACACCUGACAGUUCAUACAAAGGAGAAGCCGCAUUCAUGUUCUGUGUGUGGAAAGAGUUUUUCACUGCGGCAACAUUUGCGUACACAUGAGAAAAUCCACACUGGUGUGAGAGAGUACAUGUGCUUUGAGUGUGAGAAGACUUUUACUUUAGCAAACAGUUUAAAACUGCACCAGAGAAUUCACACUGGAGAAAAACCUUACAAGUGUUCACACUGUGACAAGAGAUUCAGUCGAUCAGAAUCUCUGAAAACACAUGAGAUGAUCCACACUGGAGAAAAACCUUACAAGUGUUCACACUGUGACAAGAGAUUCAAUCAGUCAGCAAAUCUGAAAAAACAUGAGAGGAUCCACACUGGAGAAAAACCUUACAAGUGUUCACACUGUGAGAAGAGAUUCAAUCAGUCAGGAGAUCUGAAAAAACAUGAGAUGAUCCACAGCAGAGAGAAGCCGCACACGUGUGAUCAGUGCGGGAAGAGUUUCUCUAUUAAAACUCACCUGAAGCUACACAUGAAGAUCCACACAGUGGAGAAACCACUUAAACACAGUCUGAGAUCACGGUAAGUAGUUUAUUUUCAUGUGCUGAGCAACAAAGUCUCUUCUGUGUAAGUUAGCCACACAUCACCCUAUAGCCAAAUCUCUCCUCUCCCCCUAUAGUCGGUGUGUGUUG